ACCAGCCUCACUCCACUCCACUUCCCUCUACGCUUUGCCUCUCGUCUCCCUGCUUUUCUCUUUUCUUCUCCGGCCACUGGCCUCAAAACGCUGCGUUUAGGACUCAUAAAUCAACCCGGGCCCACAUUCUCAGUGGUUGAUUUCUGGUUCAGCUUCACUGCUUCAUUGAGUGAGGGAGGAUCUGUGAAUGGUUGGCGGUGGGCGUGCUUGAUUUGGUUUGUGGUGUGGUUUUUUGGGGGCUCGUUUGUGGGGAGGCGAGUGGGGUUGGGGUGGAAUGGCGGAGGGUGGUGCGGAGGCGAAGGCGUUGCCGGAGGCGGAGAAGAAGAAGGAGCAGAGUCUGCCGUUUUACCAGCUGUUCUCGUUUGCGGACAAGUAUGAUUGGAUUCUGAUGGUGUCCGGCAGCGUCGGUGCGGUGAUUCAUGGCUCGUCCAUGCCGGUGUUCUUUCUUUUGUUUGGAGAGAUGGUGAAUGGAUUCGGGAAGAACCAGACUGAUUUGAGCAAGAUGACUGAAGAAGUCGCCAAGUACGCUCUCUAUUUCGUCUACCUCGGAGUGGUGGUCUGCAUAUCAUCCUACGCAGAAAUUGCAUGUUGGAUGUACACCGGAGAGAGGCAAGUGAGCACCCUGAGGAAGAAGUAUUUGGAGGCUGUGUUGAAGCAGGACGUGGGCUUCUUUGAUACAGACGCUAGAACAGGGGAUAUUGUUUUUAGCGUUUCCACUGAUACACUGCUUGUUCAAGAUGCCAUUAGCGAGAAGGUUGGGAAUUUCAUACAUUACCUGUCCACUUUUCUGGCGGGACUGGUGGUUGGUUUUGUAUCGGCAUGGAGGCUGGCAUUACUUAGUGUGGCAGUGAUCCCUGGAAUUGCCUUUGCUGGGGGCUUAUAUGCAUAUACGCUAACAGGACUAACGUCCAAGAGCCGGGAAUCGUAUGCAAAUGCUGGCAUCAUUGCUGAGCAGGCCAUUGCACAAGUUCGGACUGUUUACUCAUAUGUUGGUGAGAGCAAGGCACUCAAUUCUUAUUCAGAUGCAAUACAAAACACAUUGAAGCUUGGAUACAAGGCUGGGAUGGCCAAAGGCCUGGGACUAGGAUGUACUUAUGGAAUAGCUUGCAUGUCCUGGGCCCUGGUUUUCUGGUAUGCUGGUGUUUUUAUCAGGAAUGGACAGACAGAUGGAGGGAAGGCAUUCACCGCAAUUUUCUCAGCCAUCGUUGGUGGCAUGAGUUUGGGCCAGUCAUUCUCAAACCUUGGGGCAUUUAGCAAAGGCAAAGCUGCGGGGUACAAGUUAAUGGAGAUUAUUAGGCAAAAGCCCUCCAUAGUUCAGGACCCUUCUGAUGGGAAGUGCUUGGCCGAGGUUAACGGGAAUAUCGAAUUCAAAGACGUGACCUUCAGCUACCCAUCCCGGCCAGAUGUUAUCAUCUUUCGAGAUUUCUCAAUUUUCUUUCCUGCAGGAAAGACAGUUGCAGUUGUUGGUGGUAGUGGGUCAGGGAAAAGCACUGUUGUCUCUUUGAUAGAGAGGUUCUAUGAUCCUAAUCAGGGGCAAGUUUUGCUGGAUAAUGUGGACAUAAAGACACUGCAGCUGAGAUGGUUACGUGAUCAGAUCGGUCUGGUGAACCAAGAACCUGCGCUCUUUGCAACCACCAUACUUGAGAACAUACUCUAUGGAAAGCCUGAUGCUACAGCUGCUGAAGUGGAAGCUGCGGCUUCUGCAGCAAAUGCUCAUAGUUUCAUUACUUUGCUUCCCAAUGGGUAUAACACACAGGUUGGAGAGCGAGGAACCCAACUCUCUGGUGGCCAGAAACAAAGAAUUGCAAUUGCUAGAGCUAUGUUGAAAAAUCCAAAGAUCCUUCUCCUUGAUGAGGCAACCAGCGCCCUUGAUGCCGGCUCUGAGAGCAUUGUCCAGGAAGCUCUUGAUCGUCUCAUGGUUGGCAGGACGACUGUAGUUGUGGCUCAUCGCCUCUCCACCAUAAGAAAUGUUGAUACAAUUGCAGUUAUACAGCAAGGGCAAGUUGUUGAGACAGGAACCCAUGAAGAACUAAUUGCCAAAGCUGGAGCAUAUGCAUCAUUAAUUCGGUUCCAAGAAAUGGUAAGAAACAGGGAUUUUGCAAAUCCUUCAACCCGCAGGUCGCGAUCAUCACGACUAAGCCAUUCACUGUCAACAAAGUCUCUUAGUCUCCGGUCUGGCAGUCUGCGGAACCUAAGCUAUCAGUAUAGCACUGGUGCUGAUGGUCGGAUAGAGAUGGUCUCAAAUGCUGAAACGGACAAGAAAAAUCCAGCACCAGAUGGGUAUUUUUACCGGCUUCUAAAUCUCAAUGCUCCAGAAUGGCCCUAUUCAAUAAUGGGUGCUGUAGGAUCAGUACUCUCUGGUUUUAUAGGUCCAACCUUUGCCAUCGUCAUGAGCAAUAUGAUUGAAGUGUUCUACUAUAGAAAUCCUGCAUCCAUGGAGAGGAAGACGAAGGAGUAUGUUUUCAUUUACAUUGGAGCAGGCCUGUAUGCUGUCAUUGCAUAUUUGAUACAACACUACUUCUUCAGUAUCAUGGGAGAGAACCUCACCACAAGAGUGAGGAGGAUGAUGCUUGCAGCAAUCCUUAGGAAUGAAGUUGGGUGGUUCGAUGAGGAGGAAAACAACUCCAGCCUUCUUGCAGCUCGUCUGGCUACAGAUGCAGCUGAUGUGAAGUCGGCAAUAGCAGAAAGAAUUUCUGUUAUACUACAGAACAUGACGUCUCUCCUCACUUCAUUCAUUGUUGCUUUCAUAGUGGAAUGGAGGGUCUCCCUUCUCAUCCUAGCCACCUUCCCCCUCCUCGUCCUUGCCAAUUUUGCUCAGCAACUUUCUCUUAAAGGAUUUGCCGGAGACACAGCCAAGGCGCAUGCAAAAACUAGCAUGAUUGCAGGGGAGGGAGUGAGCAACAUCAGAACUGUUGCUGCCUUCAAUGCCCAAGAGAAGAUACUCUCCCUCUUUUGCUAUGAGCUUCGCGUGCCUCAGAUGCAAAGCCUUCGUCGUAGUCAAACUUCUGGGCUCCUCUUUGGCCUCUCUCAGCUUGCUCUUUAUGCCUCUGAAGCACUCAUUCUAUGGUAUGGAUCCCACCUUGUCAGCAAAGGGGCCUCCACCUUUUCUAAGGUUAUUAAGGUUUUUGUGGUGCUGGUCAUCACAGCCAAUUCAGUUGCAGAAACAGUUAGUCUUGCUCCUGAGAUCAUUAGGGGUGGCGAGGCUGUUGGAUCAGUCUUUUCUAUUCUUGAUCGUUCAACCAAGAUUGACCCUGAUGAUUCAGAGGCUGAACCAGUUGAAUCAAUCCGUGGGGAAAUUGAACUACGCCAUGUUGAUUUUUCAUACCCUUCACGGUCUGAUAUCACAGUGUUUAAAGACCUUAACCUAAGAAUUCGAGCUGGCCAGAGCCAAGCCCUUGUUGGAGCUAGUGGGUCUGGAAAGAGUUCUGUCAUUGCAUUGAUUGAGCGAUUCUAUGACCCAACUGCUGGAAAAGUUAUGAUUGAUGGCAAAGAUGUCCGGCGUUUGAACCUGAAGUCUUUGAGGCUCAAAAUCGGGUUGGUACAGCAAGAGCCAGCUCUCUUUGCAGCUAGCAUUUUGGACAACAUUGCCUAUGGCAAAGAUGGAGCAACAGAAGCAGAAGUAAUUGAAGCAGCUCGAGCUGCCAAUGUCCACGGCUUUGUCAGCGGGUUGCCUGAUGGAUAUAAAACUCCAGUUGGGGAGAGAGGAGUCCAACUCUCAGGAGGACAGAAGCAAAGAAUUGCCAUAGCCAGGGCCGUCCUCAAGGACCCGACAAUCCUCCUACUAGAUGAAGCCACAAGUGCCCUAGACGCAGAGUCAGAAUGUGUGCUACAAGAAGCCCUGGAGAGGCUGAUGAGGGGGCGCACCACAGUGCUUGUUGCCCACCGGUUAUCAACCAUUAGAGGGGUGGACUGCAUUGGAGUAGUCCAAGAUGGCCGCAUUGUAGAGCAAGGUAGCCACUCCGAGCUCAUCAGCCGACCCGAGGGGGCCUACUCAAGACUCUUGCAGCUACAGCACCAUCACAUAUGAGAAGAGAUUUUGAUAAUUGUAGCAACAUGGCCUCUGUUGGGUGUUGAUUAUGUUUGGGUCCCAUUAACCUUUUGCUUUCAUAUUUUCCAUUUCAUGAUGAUAGUUGUAGAUAUAUGGGGAUGUGAAGAAGAAAACAAGAAGAAGAAUAUCAAGAGUACCCACUGCUCCAUUCCCAAUGGAGAAGGAAAUAUUAUAUUAUCAAUAUCUAUGGUGCAUAAACCCUUGUGUUA